GUAAACUCUUCAUGCGCAAUAACAUCACCGCCCAUGCUUCUCCAACCACAGUGUCUGGCUCGUACAUAUCGGUCGACAAUCAAUGCUACACCAUGGCGACGACUGUUACGCUGCCCCUACUCGACCACAAUCAAUACUACACAGGCCACUCCCUCAGCCAACACAAACGGCUAUCCAGCAUGGUUCCAAACACUCCGUGAAGAAAUGCUCAACCGGGAGCUGCCAGCCUUGAACGAGUAUCCAUCAAAAACACAGGAAGAGAAGCUCGCCGCCACACUAUCGCCGUAUCUACCUGCUGGGUUCAAACCCACGUUUCGAUCAAGACCAUUAUCGAAUGGUACAUCCCAAUCGCAUACCAUUGGCAAUCACCUCGUGUUCUUCAAUCCAAUCAUCCCAACCAACGAACUGCUUCCCGAUGGCACCGAUCGGCUUCAUAGCCCAGCACUAUCAGACAACCCUUUCACGCGACGUAUGUGGGCCGGCGGUUCCGUCAAAGUGUAUCCUCCGGCAUAUUUUCAGCCUGCAUUCGAGAAUGGAUGGGACUUGGAUAGACCGCACAUAUGCGUGGAAAGAAUAAAGGAAGUUUCUUUGCGAGGUCAAGGUGCCUCAACGAAGAUCUUCAUAGUCGUCGAGCGCCGCUUCGCCGCGGUGCAGGCAUUAGAGAUUUCAAUGGCCGCUCGCAUGUACAAGGGGUCAGGUGGGAUUGCUGAGUUCUUCAAGCAGCAGGCACGCAAGGGUGAAGAGUGGGGAGAUGCUUAUUUGAUUGAAGAACGUAAUCUGGUAUUCAUGCACGAAAAAAGCCAGGACGAGAUUGAGGCGGCUGCAUCUGGUGAAGCUGCACCGAUCAGAUAUUUAAAAGCACCUGGGCCUCCCGAAUUCUCUCACUCAAUGAAGCCAACCAGAGACCUCCUCUCUCGUUUUUCAGCUCUGACAUUCAACUCUCACGCGAUCCAUCUCGACGAACAAUAUUGCAAGAGAACCGAGGGACACCGCAAUACCCUUGUACAUGGACCUUUGACUCUCAUGCUCAUGCUUAAGUUUAUCGCUUCACAUCUGGACGACAUGACCGGGCCGCAGCGCAUCAUCAAAUCUAUUGAGUAUAAGAAUCUAGCGCCAUUGUAUUCAACAGAAAAAUUGCGAGUAUGCGCACGGGAAAGGGGCAAGACGAUUCUCGAGGGUGAUAUCACGUUCGACGUAUGGAUCGAGGGCCCUGUUGCAGAUACCAUGGCAGUCAAGGGUACAGUUACCUGUGGGUUUCGGCCUCCCGGCAUCCGCCAUGUAGAUCCUGGCUUGUCUCCGUUACGGCCUAUUGCAAAAACGUUUACGAAGGGUAAAUAUUCUGUACAAUUGGCAGACGACGAGUAUGAUACUCUUCCCAAGUGGCUUGUGCCAGUCGCGCCCAGAGUGUCCCUCAUACGCAGUUAUCACUCUCCGUUGCCCGUACGAGAAAGCAGCGAUGAGGAACAAGAGGCAAAGUCUGCCUUUCGAAAGCGAGGUACGAGAGUCAUAUUCACAGAUAGUGGUGCCAUUCCGAGUUUACGAACAGUUGCUUUUGGACCAGCCAGGGAUGAACCGCUUCCACGCCGAAAGCCUCGUCGCGAAGGAAAGGGGAAGAAGAAAUCUUCUCUCUCCCAUUGA